AUCCCAUCAUCAUAUUAUGUAUCAUUCUAGUUUCUUCAUCAACUUCUUCCAAAAGUGAAUAGAAAUCUUUUUUCACAAAUUUUAGGCAUUGAAUUUGAGUGAGAAUACUUGGGCUUCCUUACCCCUUCUCUUGAUAGUUUUCCAAACGGCAUAAAAUUCAUAGCAGCUCCGGGCACCGGUGAAGUGAGUAGUGAUUGACUCCUUCAUGGAGGUCUCGGACGACGAGCACAUUAUCCUGCUUUGCACUAACACUGAUCAAAUGGAAACAACUAAAACCCUAAACGAAGAGAUUCUUCUGUCGACCACAGAUAUCCUCGCUUGGGAUUUCCCAACCAUUCUUAGUUUCAACACGAUCAAAGUUCAGGCACAUCGCGAUAGCCUCAUUGAACAAUCUUUGUAUUUCCGUGGCCUCCUCAGCGGGAGCUUCAGUGAAUCGUGCUUGGCCUCUAUCACUGUCAAGUGGAAUGUGUGCGAAUUUCUGCAAAUUCUUAAGCAUAUGUGUGGCUGCGCAUUGGAUAUUUCGAUGGAUAAUGUCCUACCUCUUUAUGAGGGUGCACUUUAUUUUGGAGUGGAGACACUUCUCCUGAAGUGUGAGACGUGGCUUUCUGAGGUUUUAUCACCCAAAGAACUUCAAUCUACUCAAAUACAAAUAGCGGACUUGAUCCAAAUUUGGAAAUUUGGCUUGGAUCAUGCCAGCAACUUUAUCCUGCACUUAUGUAUGGGCUACCUAGCAAGAAAUUUUAUGUGGGCAAAGUAUAGCAAUUUUUUUAGAAAACUUCCAUAUGACCUGCUGUUCUCUUCAGUGAAGCACCCUCAUUUGACUGUUGACAGUGAGAUGCAUCUAUCUGAUGCACUUCUUCUCUGGCUUGAAAGUAGCAUGGAAAAUUUGGAGAGGCCAAGCAAAACUGAAGACAACUGCAAUGAAAUUCUAAAGCAAAUUCGUGUGGGCCUUUUGCCUUUGUGGUUUGCUGUAGGAAAAAGAAACUCUCUUUAUUUUAGGCAGCUGGCUGAGGAAAGCCUUGAUUCAAUUUUCAGACUACUAAAUAUUGUACCUAUGGGUUUGCUAGAUACUUUUGAGCAUAGUGACUUGCAACAUCUCAGGAUUCGGCUGACAGAAUAUUCAAAGAAAGUGAACCUAUCUGAUUGUCCACAAAUAACAUCUACAUUACUUCUUCUGUCACUCAUCCCUCCAUCAUAUCUGAUAGAUCCUGUUCAAAAGAAGAUUAUAAAACAGUUCUUUAUUAAUUGUGGACAUCCUGCAAGAGAUAAAUAUGCGUUCCCACAAAAAAUGUUGGAAACCCUUACCUUCGAAGCAGUGCAGGAGGUGGAUAUCUCAAAGUGUCGAAAUUUGCUUAUUAAACAUGCUGUUGAUUGCUUCUGCAAGUCCUUUCCUUCUUUAAGAAUAUUGAAAGCAACUUAUCUUUUGCACAUGGAAACAACCAGUUUCCUACAAUUAUUGGAGAAAUGCCCUUUGGUCUGUGAAAUUGACCUGACUGUUGAUAUUACCCCACUGAUACCAGCAUUAGUUACUGUUCUAUCAUCUAGUCCUGCUGUGAUACCACAGGUACCAGAGAAGACCUCUAGCAUUAAAUAUAAAUCAGUGGAAACUCUGUCGUUUAAUGAGUUUGGACCUCCACUUUUGCUUUCUAAUGUCACAAAACUCACCUUGGAAGGAAGAACUGAUGUCAGUGAUUUGGGUCUCCACUAUAUCUCAAAUUUCUGUGUUUUAUUACAACACCUGAAUAUUAAAGGAUGCAUUUCUGUCACUGAUAUUGGCAUAUCAGAUCUCAUGUGCAGAUGUAGAAAAUUGAACUCAAUUGUGGUUUGUGAUACUUCAUUUGGGAUAAAUUCAGUUCAAGCUCUUUGCUCAGCUAUUUCAGAUAGUGGCAACUUCCCCUCUCUACAUUCUUUAGAUAAACGUUCAAAUUCUGUGGUGUCUAAUUUUGAAACACUGCAUAUGGGUGGCUGCCGGGGUAUUUGUGAAUCAUCUCUAGUAGAGCUUAUGUCUCAAACAAAAGCUUUGAGGAGUUUAUGCCUGAGAGAGACUGACCUGAUUGAUCAGGCACUUUAUAAUUUUGUAGGUUGUUCCUUGGAGAUGCUUGAUGUUUCAAAUACCAAGAUUUCUGGGGCUGCAUUAGCGUUUGUUAUUCAUGGAAAUCCAAGUUUAAAGUGUCUGAAAGCAAGAAGUUGUCAAAAUUUGUUUCCAGGAGACAGUUGUAUUGAAAAUAGAGAAUCUAGCUUUUCCUUCUUGCAUGAAGAACUACAUACUGAAUUAGGAAAGAUGUGUAGAUUGGAAGAAAUUGAAUUUGGAUGGGGCUUUUCUUCCUUCUAUCUGAGUGCUCUGGAACCUGCACUGAUGUCAUUAAAGACCAUCAAUAUAGGUUUAGGUGCGAUGUUAGGUGAAGAUGCUUUGAGACAAUUACCUGCAAUCUGUCCCUUGCUAGAAACAAUAAUCCUUCAUUUUCAGGUAAUAUCCGAUACUACUGUGACAAAAUUUGUUACAUCCUUGAUAAACUUGCAAGUAUUAGCUCUGUGUUAUUGUUUUGGUGAUAUAUCCAUGUCAAGCUUCAAAUUCCCCAUGCAAAAUCUUAGAAAGUUGAGGCUUGAAAGAGUAACCCCAUGGAUGACAAAUGAUGACUUGGUUGUUCUAACUCAAAAUUGCAGAAAUUUGGUUGAGCUUUCAUUGCUAGGAUGUCCUCUUCUUAACUCAGAUUCUCUUUGGAUAAUUUCAUGUGGAUGGCCAGGCUUGGUCUCUAUCCAUUUAGAGGACUGCGGAGAAGUAACAGCUAAUGGGGUCUUUGCUCUUCAUGAUUGCAAAGCACUUGAAGAUCUCUUGUUGCGUCAUAAUGGCCCUGGGUUACACAGGAACUUCAUUUGUCAUGCCGCUUCUGAGAUGCCAUUGCUUCGAAAAUUGUCACUGGAUAUAUGCGAUGCAAGUGAAGGUGAUUUUGACAUUCCAAAUUUUGCAGAUAGAUACUCUCUGAGUUCCGUGAAGAUAGCAAGAUGCAAAUCUCAAAGAUGUGCUUUUAAUCUCCCAGGGGCUCAAAGAAGAUCCGUACAUGUGGAAACUUUGGUGCUUGUGUGGAACAGCAGAGAUCUCAUCAGAACAGUGGUGAAGGAAAGGCUUUAGUAAAUACAUGUCUGAGCAUUAAUUAGAUAAUUGUGGGGUCUCAUCACCGCUCAUGAUAAUGGAUUAGUUUUACAAGAAAUUUGGUGACAGGAAGUAAGAUUCUUAGUUAUUAAGAUGGUCUUUUGUAUUAAGGAGUGAAACAUCUGACAACACGAUGCCAAGUUAUUUAGAAGUCAGCGGUUUUGCACUGCGAUUAUG